ACAUAUAUACAUAUAUGCACACAUAGUGUUGGGAAGGUUACUUUUCAAAUGUAAUAAGUUGCAGAUUACUAGUUAACCUGUUAAGAAUGUAAUAUGUAAUGUAACUGUUAUGAUGACUUGACAGUAAUGUAACCUUACAUUUGGGUACAUUUUUAUUACUUCUCUAACAAAUGUUUUAAGCAGGACAAUAAAGCUGAAAAGUAGCAACUGCUUUGCUGACCCGCAUUGUCUGGAAACAUAGAGAGAGAGAGGAAUAGGUACAGUUGCACAUAAGUCAAUACUGGAAUAGGUAAGAUGAAUACACGGAUACGAAUAUAACUGUGUAAUAGCAAACUAGCCCACUUUACACGCACAUGUACUUGGGUGACAAUGGUAUUGUUGGAUUCCAAACAACAGUUCACACGAUAUAUUCAUUAUUCACGCCGAGACAGAAGGGUGAUAAGGUGGUUUCCAUGCAAUCGCGUGUGUCUUCCAGUCAGGUGGGAUCGCUCCAUACCAACCACAAACUGACAACCAAAAACAGGAGCAUAUAAUGCAGACUUAUUUUUCUGGGUAUUAAAAAUAAUUUAGGAACAUGAAUCCCUUUGCCAUAGUGAGGGGGCGGUACACAGCACACGGCAGUGAAGUUUCGAAAAGCAGCAGAGAUGAAUGGCAGAGCUACAUAUGAGCAGUACCAAAAAACAAAAACAACCAGUACAACUGAAGUCACUUCCUUGUUGUUGUGCGUUUUUCCGUCUGCUGUCAGAGGUGAGACACUACCAGGGGAUACAGGAGGCAUGGAGAUAAGCCCUGCCCCCACGGGACAGCACAUGGCUUAAAAACCCACUGAGUGCCCCCACUCUCCUGUCCAGUCUGCUGCCAGAUUGGACUCACGCAGGGAUGUCUAGCCGGGCUAAAGUCCACGACAGCGUCUCUGAAAUCAUAGCGGAUGAUAGAGACCGAGGUCUGGGCUUUUGUGGAUGGGUUCUAGUGAUCCUGUCUGUGUUGCUGAUGAUGAUCACAUUCCCUUUCUCACUCUUCAGGUGUAUAAAGAUCGUUCAGGAGUAUGAGCGCGCCGUUAUAUUCAGGCUGGGCCGUAUCAUCGACAAGAAGGCCAAAGGACCAGGCAUGUUCUUUGUACUUCCCUGCACAGACAAUUUUGUGAAGGUGGAUCUGAGGAUGGUGUCUUUCGACAUCCCUGUACAAGAGAUCUUGACCAGGGACUCAGUGACAGUGUGUGUGGAUGGAGUGGUCUACUUCCGGGUCAAAUGCCCCAUCUCCUCUGUGGCUAACGUGUCCAAUGUACACCACUCCACACGUCUGCUGGCCCAGACCACGCUGAGGAACGUCCUGGGCACCAAGAACCUGUCCGAACUGCUGUCGGACCGAGAGACCAUCUCAAGCAGCAUGCAGCUAUGUCUGGAUGAGGUCACUGAUCGAUGGGGCAUCAAGGUGGAGCGGGUGGAGAUCAAGGACAUCAGGCUGCCCCAGCAGCUCCAGAGAGCCAUGGCGGCGGAGGCAGAGGCCAGCCGGGAUGCCCGAGCCAAGGUGAUUGCCGCCGAGGGCGAGAUGAAUGCCUCACGGGUGCUGAAGGAGGCGUCGCUCGUGAUCUCGGAGUCACCUGCUGCCCUGCAGCUGCGCUACCUGCAGACACUCAGCCAGAUCGCAACCGAGAACAACUCCACCAUCAUCUUCCCGCUGCCACUGGACAUGAUCCAGCACCUGGCACAGAGGAAGUGAACCCCAGCCCCACCCAACAGCCCCACUUAGCAACC